AUGGCUGUGAAACUCUGUACUCCCCAGUAUGACAAUUGUCUGACUUCGAUAGGACAGGACUGUUAUAAAAGUUUGGAUAUUUGUAUUGCAAAAAAUGAAACCAACUAUUCUAUGGAACUGUUUGAAAGGCAUACUUUCAAGGAUUCAUUAAUGACAAAUAAAAAAGAAGAAUGUAAUUUUUACUACGGUGGACUAAAGAAUGUGAAAUGUUGGAAAGAAGUGGAUCGAUUGCUAGCAGAGACUCUGUGUGGAGAGACAUCAACAUUCCUGAUCAAUCAUGAAUGGGCCAAGCAAGCUGACUGUCUUGAGGAUCCCGCUUUGAAUAAUUGCACUUUGGCAUUCAAUGAAGGAUUGCAGAGAGUCUCCAAGAAAAGUGAGAAACCACUUUUUUGUUUGGUUUAUGUUGAAAUAGUGACCAAGUCAAUUCAGUUUUUCAAUUCUACGUCAUCCGAUUACAAAAUAGUUUAUGUAAAACUCGAUUUCACAGACAGCAUUCGUUUCCGUGAUGAUGAACUCUACCUGAUCAAUCAAACAAAUCGAGAUAUAUCGCUGGAAUGCUUCCCAGUCAAAAGAUCUCUCAAUGCUUACAAUUAUACAUUCCAUCAUUGUAAAAGACAUUCUGUGUCCAAAUGUGAGGAAGAAUUUGUUGAAUAUCUGAAAAAAGAUAAAGGAAUAACCAAAAAGUGCGCUUCAGUGGUUUUUCCAAGGAACAACAGUUCUGGAUUCCCAAAACAAUUGGGGCUUUUUCUCUGGAGUCAUAAAUGGACAUGUUUCAUAUUCUGUACUGUUACUGCCAUUAUCGGAUGCUCGAAAAGCAUCAGGAAUUGGUUGGUAAAAAAGCUAGCUAUCAAAACGUUCACCUAUCUGGCAAAGCAACUUGAUGCUGCUACUAAAUAUUUUGACAAUUUGUUACCCGCGAAUGUUGCUACUCAAGGAGAGCCUUCCCAAAUCGAAAGCAGCAUUUCAGAGACUCAAAUGGACGAACCACGAGACGACAACAACCAAAAUGUCGAUCAGAAUGCUAGUCCUCUCCUACCUGUUGAUUAUCAGUGUUCCACGUCUUCACUGACUUCAACCUAUGAAAACCAAAACGAGAAUCAACAAGAAGAAAACCAGCAGAACAACCAAGACGCUUCGAAUACUUUAGUUAAUACUGUUUCAAUCGAAAAUCUCAAAAAAGGGAAAGCCGAAGAGUCAAAAAAGGAGAAAUCUACAUUUUCCUCAAGUUCAACCAAUUUCCUUCGAUCAUUCCGUAACAUGAUAUGUUCAUUGACGAGAGUCACCUGGGCGUUGGGCAUUUCUCCUGCAUAUAUCUUUUUUCGACAAUCUUCGUAUCGUACUGAAAGGAGUUCAGCUGCGACCAAGAAUCCUAAUGAAAAUAAUGUAAAUCCUAGCCAAACUGCGAUCCUGAUACCUUCUGAUAAUAAUUAG